AUUAUGAACCGAUUAUUCCAAUAACUAACAUAACGUUUGAUGCAUUGUCCAGGGAUAUCUACUUAAGAUUGGACGAUACAACAGAAGAUGAUCAGAAAAGUGUACCAUGCGGCCUUUCUUGUCUGUUGGAUGAGUCUUAUCACUACCAUCAACGGUGAUUCUGAUUGCUCAAGCAAAGAAUGUAAACCAUAUGAGAAGUGCAUGAUGGUUAAUGACACGGCAACGUGCAGCUGCAGUUACACAUGUGACGACGAAGACUACGCACCCGUGUGUGGAUCAAACGGGCAAACAUUCUCGUCCAAGUGCUUGAUGGAGCUCAUUGCGUGCGCUUAUAAUGACCAAAACUUAACGGUCAGUGAGGAGGGACCGUGCAGCGCAUGCGAAGAUAUCACGUGUAAGAAUUACAAUGAAUGCAUCGCAUCACCGAAUGGAACAGCGAUCUGCACCUGUGACUUUAAGUGUCCAUUCACUGAGGAUUUAGUCUGUGGCACCGAUAGAUUAACAUACGCUAAUGAAUGCGAACUACGAUACAUGUCAUGCUGGGAGGAUGGAUCCAUCCUGCCGUUUUAUAACGCUAAGUGCAGCGAGUGUGAAUAUGAAUGCGAUGCUUCUUACAAUCCAGUUUGCGGCAGUGAUUUUUUCACGUACGACAACGAGUGUUAUCUACAACAGUCAGCCUGCAUGCAACUAGAAUACGACGGGCUCCAUAAACUUUACGACGGGGUGUGUGUGAAAUGCAUCGACCACUACUGUGCUAAUUACUCGAAAUGCAGAGUCAUUGAUGAUGUCCCGCAAUGUGUAUGUGACUUCCCCUGCCCUCUGAACGCAGAUAACGUAUGCGGGACGGAUGGAGAUACCUACUUUAGUGAAUGUGACAUGCAGAGUUGGGCAUGCGAUAACAACAAGCCCUACCUGUACGCUGCAUACACGGGAAGUUGCAUUGACGAACCAACAUGCGAGAAAAUCUAUUGCCCGGACUACAGACGUUGUGAUACCAAGAUUGCACCCGUACCUGUCUGCACGUGUGAACACACGUGUUCAGAAAUGGAAGAACCUGUUUGCGGUUCCGAUGGACAUAUCUACUACAACGAGUGCACCCUCAGUGCCUAUAAAUGCAUAGGAUGGUCCAAGGCCAUAGAAAAGAAUAUGUCGCACUGCCAACCAUGUGAUGGGUUCAAGUGUGAUAAUGGUAGUAAAUGCAUGGUACAGCAGGGUAAACCGGUCUGUGUGUGUGACUAUCCAUGCCCGCUUCACUCCGACCCCGUAUGUGAUAACACUGGACAAACACAUUUGAAUUUAUGUAAUCUUGAAUUUUCCGUUUGUUCAACUGGGGAAAGUAUUGCUUAUACAAUUGGAUCAUGUAACGCUACUUGUGACGAUAUUGAGUGCAAAGACGAUCGCAUGUGUGAGAUAUCUUUUCACGAUGGAAAACCAAUAUGCACAUGUAACUACAUUUGUAACACGACAAAUCCGGUAUGUGCAACAGACGGACAUACCUUCGAUAGCGAAUGUGAUUUAACAGCUUAUAGAUGUAUGGGAUGGACUAAAGCUGACCUCGCGUCAACAGGCCAAUGUGAUAAAUGUGUGAAUUUUGAGUGUGAUGCCCAUAAGAAGUGUCAAGAAGUUGAUGGCAAACCUACGUGCACAUGUGACUUCCCAUGCCCUAUUGGAACAAAGCUCAUAUGUGGUGACGAUGGUAACACGUAUGAUAAUAUGUGUGAUCUUGAAGCGUCCAACUGUUUAGAUAACACAAAUGUCACAAUGGUAAAGCAAGGCGACUGCAAUCAAUGUGGUGAUAACAGAUGCAACGUCUUUGAGAAAUGUGUAGAGCUUGUAAAUGGUACGCAUGUAUGUACAUGUGAUUAUAACUGUGAUGACGCACCGCCUUCCGAGAUUUGUGGUUCAAAUGGAGCUAAAUAUUCAAGUGAGUGUGCUUGGCUUAAAGCUAACUGUGAAAGUGACACAGAUAUUUUUAUGGAGCCAUGUAAUGUAACAUGUGAAGCAGUAGUUUGUCCAAGUUACGAGAGGUGUACCGUAAAAGACGGGAAAGCAAUUUGUAGUUGUGAUUUUGAUUGUCCAAGUGAAAUCGAUCCUGUGUGUGGCUCUACAGGUGAUACAAUUCCAAACGAAUGUUAUUUUGAAAAGUUAAAAUGUCAAUUUGACAAAGAGCUCACCAUCGAAUACAAAGGUGAAUGCAAGACUUGUGAAGAAACUGAAUGUAAGGGAUAUAAGAAAUGUUCGAUGGUACAAUGGAGGCCUGUAUGUUCGUGUGAUUUCAGUUGUGAUGACGUCGAUGACACUGCGGUGUGUGGUUCAGAUGGCACUACAUACGCAAAUCCCUGCGCACUUGAGAAGGCAAACUGUAAUAAUGAUCAGGCAGUACAAAUAGUGAGCAACACAGCAUGUGAAUCUUGUGAAGACGUUAAGUGCACUGAUCACAAACGAUGUAAAAUCAACACGAAAGGAAAGGUGAUAUGUUCUUGUGACUAUGGUUGCCCAAGUAACUACAAGCCCGUUUGCGAUUCCGAUGGUGAUACAAACUAUAACGAAUGCAUGUUUCAUAAGUUGGCGUGUGAGUGGGAAGAUGAAAUGAGUAUUUUGUACACGGGUGAAUGUGAGAGCUGUAUGGACAAAGAAUGUACGGAACAUGAGGAAUGUAGACUGAUCAACUAUAGGGCAAAGUGUUAUUGUGACUACAGUUGCGAAAAUGCCAAACCAGCUCAAAUGUGCGGCUCCGAUGGUAUCACGUACAGCAGCAAAUGUGAGUGGCAUAAAGCUAACUGUCUCACUACUAAACCCAUUACCGUUGUAAUGAAUAGUUCCUGCGAGACCUGUGUCAGUAAAGUAUGUCCAAAACAUCAAAGAUGUUCUGUUGUAUCAGGAAGAGCGUUAUGUUCUUGUGAUUUUGAUUGCAAACCGGAAUUUAAACCUCUAUGUGAUUCUAAAGGCGAUACACACGCUAAUGAAUGUACUUUUGAAAGACUGGCGUGUGAAUACGAUGAAGGUCUUACCAUUUUGUAUAAUGGUCAAUGUGAAUCAUGUGAUGACAAAGUUUGUAACGGGUAUCAACAAUGCAAAAUGGUCGACUUCAGAGCUAAUUGUACUUGUGAUUAUGCCUGUCACGAUUCUAUUCGGCAAGUAUGUGGUUCAGAUGGAAACACAUACAAAAACAGAUGCCACAUGGAGCGCAAAUCUUGUGCUCAGGGUGGUGCUAUCAGUGUUGUAAAAGACGGUGCUUGCGAAACGUGUGAAAAUAAGAAAUGUGAUAAUGAUUCAAAAUGUCAAAUAAAGCUUGGUGUUGCCGAGUGUACAUGUGAUUUUGAAUGUGAUGAAGAUUGUGACGAUGAGGUUUGCGGUUCAGAUGAAAAUACAUACAUUAACCCCUGUGUUCUCCAGCGUGCAUCGUGUAACAAUGGCGGUAACAUCACAAUGCUGCAUGAGUGGGAGUGUGAAACGUGCAAGGACAAAACAUGCGAUCCAAAUGAGGAGUGUGCUAUAAGAAAAGGGAAAGCAUAUUGUGUUUGUGGUUACGACUGCGAACCUGACACCCGACAAGUCUGUGCAACCAGCCAAGGAUCACCUGUACCAAGAACAUAUAGUAACGCAUGUACAAUGAGAAAAGCAGCAUGUAGAGCUGAUAAAAACGUCAUCAUUGUUAAACAAGGUCCAUGCGAGACGUGCGAAGAUCACACAUGUCCUGAUAAAGCAACAUGUGAAAUAACAAACAAGGGGGUCGCCAGGUGUAACUGUGACUUUGAAUGUUCCGAUGCAAUGUCACCAGUCUGCGGCAGUGAUGGUGUAACAUACAGUAACGAAUGUGAACUCCAAAAAGAAGAUUGUAAAAUACGACCCAAAAGGCUAUAUGUUAUAAAAGAAACUGCAUGUGGAACAUGUGAUAAUGUAAAAUGUGAUGGAUACAAACAAUGUGUUAUUCAGAAUGGGGAUUCUGCGUGCACGUGUGACUUUCAAUGUUCUGACAAGCAAGAUAUUCUUUGUGGAACAGACGGUGACAUCUAUUUUAAUGAAUGCCAACUUAAUAAAACAAAUUGUAGAAAAGACGCCAGGACCAAUAUUGCCAACAAAGGUCCAUGUGUGACAGCAACGUGUAAUGAUUUCAAAUGUAAAGCCUUUGAACAAUGUGAGUUAAAAGAUGGCGCUCCUGUGUGCACUUGUGACUUUCAAUGUGAUGAUAAUCAAGAAUUGUUAUGUGGAACUGAUGGCCAGACAUACUUCAACACCUGUAAUCUGGGAAAAAUAAACUGCAAUCAAGGGCAAAAUUCAACUGAACUUCAUAAAGGUCCUUGUAGAGUGUCUAGAGCUUCCUCUGUAACUAGCCAGACAUCAAUUCUAAUUACUAUAGUGACCAUUCUGAUGUAUGCGUUGAUGUAAAUGAAGGUUGUCAUGGACACUCAAUAAAGAAACAAGGCAGAUUAUAUCAUUUGGUGUGUAAAAACAAUUUAUGUGUAUAUCUCAUUACCAAAUGGAAGCAAAAAUUCUAGCAUUAGAGUUAUUACGCACAUGAAUGUAUUUCUACAUGAACGCGUCCGAUUAAUGAGGCUCAUAAACUGAACUGAACUGAAAGCUCAACAUGGCAAAAUUAAUGUUAAAAUGAAGGAGACAACAAAAAUGAAUAAAAAUAUAGACUUAUAUGAUGAAAUUAAGCCUAUUGUGGCAGCUAAUACUGUUUGUACAGUCGUUAUAUAGCGUUGUGUUGUUUCAUGUGUACAUAUAUAUACCUUAAUUGUGUUAUACCAAAAAUAUUGUUGUACAAUUAUAUGAAAAUGUUGUAAAUUGUAAAUAUGAUUUUGUAAAUAAAUUAACAUAUGGUGAAUAGUUGCCUCGAUCUUCGAAAUCCAUUUCAUGGGAAAGAUCUCAUUUAUAGAAAAAAUGAUUUCCACAUUAAAACACUAUAUGUUAUUAUAUCCUUAUUCCUGGCACUUCUCCUUUCUAAUGGUAUGUCCAAUCCCUGAGACUAAUACAUUCUACUAUACCUUGCAUUUGGUG